CUAAAGGACUUUCUUACUGGUUUAAUUAGUUCUUGUCAUUGUCCUGCGGAGGGGGAUUAAACUUACAUCGGUCGCAAAGUAGCAGCAAAGCCAGUGCGUUGGUUAUAUUUCCAGCAAGCGGUUUGUAUGAUAAAGACGAGGCUCUGUAAACUGCAUAUAGGCUGAGUUUGGCUGUCAUCGGCGCUCAAAACACGCAUGUUUUCCCUGCUGUCCCGUUUGGCAUGCAUUUGUAAGCGCCGUCUGACGCAUUUCACUUGUCUACUUUCUGUUCAUCCAGGAGGAGCCGAGGUUAGGAUCGACUCCUUUAGCCAUGUUAGCUGCAACAUGUAACAAAAUAGGGAGUCCGAGCCCUUCACCGUCGACAAUUUCGGAUAACUCCUCGUCAUUUGGAAAAGGUUUCCACCCGUGGAAAAGAGCCGCUGCGAGUAGCUGCAGUCUCGGAUCCGGCCUGCCCGGUUUCGGGGUAUCGCGUAAUGGAUCUGGCAUCUCGGACUCUUUUGGCACCAACAGCUCCACCGGAUCCAGUGCCUUUUCCCUCACGUCCGGUACCUCGUCUAGUUCACACUUUGGAAACGAUUAUUCGGUUUUCCAAGCGUCCGUGUCGAGCAGCUCUCAAGAGUCCAGCCACCAGCCGGUCUUCAUCUCAAAAGUGCACACCUCAGUGGACAGUUUGCAGGGCAUCUAUCCGAGGAUGAGCGUUGCGCAUCCUUACGAGUCCUGGUUCAAAUCGUCUCAUCCCGGGAUCCCCACGGGAGACGUUGGUACCACCGGAGCCUCUGCAUGGUGGGAUGUGGGAGCGGGAUGGAUUGACGUUCAGAACCCUAACGGAGCAGCAAUACAGACGUCCUUACAUUCCGGUGGACUCCAGACCUCCUUGCACUCUCCCCUGGGCGGAUAUAACUCUGAUUACUCGAGUUUAAGUCACUCUGCUUUCAGUACAAGUCCAUCUCCACACCUGUUGACAACCGGCCAACACCUGAUGGACGGUUUCAAGCCGGUGUUAUCCUCUUAUCCCGACACAAGCCCCUCUCCUUUAACCGGGGCAGGAGGGACUAUGCUCUCCGGGGGUCCACCUGCGUCUUUAGCGGGGUCUCCGAGGUCAUCUGCCCGGCGGUACUCGGGAAGAGCCACCUGCGACUGUCCAAACUGCCAGGAGGCGGAGAGACUGGGACCGGCGGGCGCCAGCCUCCGGAGGAAAGGUCUCCACAGCUGUCACAUUCCAGGCUGUGGGAAGGUUUACGGGAAAACCUCGCACCUAAAGGCGCAUUUGAGGUGGCACACAGGCGAGAGGCCGUUUGUGUGCAACUGGCUCUUUUGCGGAAAAAGGUUCACUCGCUCCGACGAGCUCCAGCGACAUUUACGCACACACACAGGGGAGAAGCGAUUCGCUUGUCCGGUGUGCAACAAGAGAUUUAUGCGUAGCGAUCACCUGAGUAAACACGUAAAAACUCACAGCGCCGGGGGAUCUGCCGGCUCUGGCUCCGGGGGCAGCGGAGGGAAGAGGGGGAGUGAUACCGACAGCGAGCACAGUGCACCGGGAAGCCCUCCAUGCCAUUCCCCAGACCUGUUGCACCCACCUGAGUCUGCCCAGGGAGUAGGCAUGAACGGGCUCUAAAAAAAAACUCCCCCAGUGAAGUGAAAACUGUAAAACAGCAAAGUGUCGUGAUGGAAUUGUCCGAGAGGACAUGAAAGUGGACAUACUUUGGUGCAUCAUCAUUGUCAUUUAAUGAGAAAAUCGGCCUCUAUGUUUCUUUGACUCUUUCCAAGUGCUUAAGACGUCCAAUUGAAUAAUUUCAUAGCCGUGCCAUCAGAAACUUCUCAUCUGCGGAGUGAAAGUGUAGUCAAGUCCUUGUGUGACACACUGUGGGAGGGCACGAUCAAAACUUUUUAUGUUUCUUACUGUUUUUCUUUUGCAGCCCGAUCCUGAAUACGCCUGAUGUUUUAUUUGUCCGGUAUAAGACGCGAAAGACAGAAAACACUGCUGUCAAAAUUGUAGGGCCUGAAAAAGUUGAGCAACUGCUAUCAUGCAUAUUGUUGAAAACCAAACACUGGCACUUUAUUAUCGAGCAGGGGAAUCUGUUGCUGUCAAUGUGGAUGGACUGCUCGAUAGGAACAAAUACCUGUAGAGUAUGGCGGUGAGACACGGGAGUGAUGAUCCCAUUAAAUAAAGUGAUAAAGGAAGAGCAGGUUUAUAUAUCUAUAUAUAUAUAUAUAUAUAUAUAUAUAUAUAUAUAUAUAUAUCACUGCUAUUCUCUUCGCAGCCUACACUAUGCGCCAACUUUAUCACUAGGCCUGUUGAGGUUACUUAGACUUCGCUGCAAAAUGUGUUGUAUAUAAUUACAAAUGUAGGUUAGAAUAAUUACAGCCCAGUGUAAAGGUGAGCAAUGUAUUUGUCCAGGAGACGAUUUUGUAUAGGUAUUUCUAGCUGUAUAUGGACUCUAGUAAAUAUUUGAAAAUAUACGGAAAUGUACUUGGAUUUUCUUUGAUAUGAUAUAAAAUGUAUUGUGGGGAGUUAUAUUUAACCACGACUUUUUCUUGUAUUUAGGGAUCUAUCAUUAGGCGCACUUCGAAUUUAUUUGUAAAGUUUUGAAAUCAUUUACUGUUUACCCACUCGUUUAAUUUAAGUAAGCAUGUUGUAAAGUGAUUUUAAUUUUACAAUGAUAUUUUUUUCUUUCUCUCUCUCUCUCUCUCUCCUUCUCUCUCUUACUCCGAGAAUGGCUUUUUAUGUGAGCCACUCAAUAAAGUCAGUAUGAAAUCAGAAGCACCUGAUCGACUCAGUUUGUCG